GAAACGGAGUUUGAUAUUUUGAUUGACACCGCACGAAACAACGACAAUGUAUCCGCAGAGGAAGUGGAACUCUUACUUGAAUGGUUUCUCAAGGAUACCAAUGCAGUCCCCUGUGAGUACGUUCUGCAGCCUGUCACGUCUAAGUUGCUCCAUUACAUGGACAUGAGAGACGAGGUGAAAGAGCUUUACAAACAGGAACGUGAGCAAUGGUGGAAUAUCUUUACUACAUUUCAACGUGUCUUGCGAAUAGCUGCACGGGAGGCUGGUAAACAAGGAAAGCUAACGUCACAAACCGUUCACAAGUACUUCAAAUCAGUAACUGAAGACGAAGUAGAGCACGGCAUUCUCAACUCCCCUGACGCGAAAUCCCAAACUCUAUGCUACGUAAGAGAGAUCGAAGACAUCCACGUUAACCUGGACAAAGACAAGACUCCCCUGUACACCGAUAUCACUCAAGGACAACAUGACAUCGAAGCGCAAGAACAUCUUGAUCGACUGAAACGUCAGCGUAUACUUAAUAAACUCGGGGGGAGUAAUGUCACUCACUACAGUGUACCGUGGACGACCGGGGGGAUCAAUGCAAACGAUAGAAGGCACCAGGA